AUGGAUACCCUUACACACGUCCUCUUACUUCCAGAGGCCUUGGAAACACUCGGUUCUCCCUCUGUUAUUAUACCUCGGGCUUCAUCCACGUCAGAUGAGGUGGUAUCUUAUGCCCAUCUUACUGAGUUAGUACAAUCGCUGCAGCAAGAUCUCGCCGCGCUUGGCAUCUCCGUCGGCAACAAAUUAGCUUUGGUAUUGCCAAAUGGACUUCAAUAUGUCACCGUUUUGCUUGCAGCAAUUCGGCAACGUGCCAUUUCGGCGCCAAUACAUCCCAACUCCACGCGGGAGGAGUGCAAGCAGAUCUUUUCUCUCAUGGUGCCGGAUCUAGUCGUUGUGAUCUCGUCCGGAUCCGGUAAGAAUGGGCUGCAGAGUGCGCAGGCGGCUGUGCUUGCGGCUCAGGACCUGGGCUUGCUAGUGGCCUCGUGUCACGCAUAUCCGCAAAGUGAACGACUCAGCUUUCGGUUCGCACUAUCACGAGUGACCUAUGGUGCUGGAGCUUCCAAAUAUCCCGCCCCUUGCGCAGAGUAUUCGCGAGACGAUGUUAUGGCAGAGGACAAAGUCCUUAUGUUAUUCACUAGCGGAACCACCGGACGGCCCAAGUCAGUUCAGCUUACACACACCAAUCUUCUCGUUGCAAUGCGUAUAAUCAUAGCAGCGCACAGACUCACAUCAAGAGAUCGGUCAUUCUUAAUAACACCACUAUUCCACAUCAUUGGCAUUGCAGGGAGUUUGUUGCCAACCUUGUUCACGGGAGGCUGUGCCGUUAUACCGGCUUCUCUCCCAGCAAGCUUCUGGCAAGAUUGUCACGACUACUCCAUUACAUGGUAUCAUGCUGUUCCAACGCUUCAUCAACUUCUACUUUCAUUUCCUCUGCCAAAGGGUGGUGUGCCAACGACAUUGAGAUUUAUACGCUCUGGUGGCAGUGACAUGAGCCCUUACUUAUUCAACAGAUUACAAAAGUUGGGAGUUCCGCUGUUGGAGGUCUACGGAAUGACUGAGACGGCACCAGCAAUAUUCUGUAACCCUUUUCCAGUCACGGGUACAAGCAUCACUAUCCAGAGACAGCCAGGUCAAUACCCGAUUCCCGACGCUGUGGAUGUCAUGAUACUCCCACCGGAGCGAGCAUCGAGCUCCGAACCCAAUGGGGAGCUUGACGAACCCAAAGCCAAGGAUCCUGUAUCGAGACUCACCAAAGAACUUGGUGUUCGGGGAGAGAUAUGUCUUCGCGGUAAGAACAUCAUGGCGGGUUAUACAAAUAACCCGACCGCGAAUGCGGAAGCAUUUCUCCCAAAUGGGUUCUUUCGUACAGGUGAUCUUGGUGUAAUACUUCCACGCCAAUACCUGGCCUUGAUUGGAAGGGUCAAAGAGAUUAUCAAUAAGGGCGGCGAAAAGAUCAGCCCUGCCGAAAUCGAACAUGUGGCUCGGUUACAUGAUGAAGUCAAAGACGCUGCUUGUUUCCGGAUCAAGGAGGAGAUAUACGGUGAGAUUAUUGGUACGUGA